AAUUCCAAAUGAUUCGAAACAGCUCUAGAAUUACACAUUAUUUCGUAAACAAAUAGCAAUUCGUUGCUAACAAUGGCCACCUGGACCCAAAAUGCGCCGACAGGUGUAAGCAAAAGGAGGCGCUGGAAUCUCGAAGACCGCGCCUCGCUAAACAAAUUGAAGGAGCACAUUGCAGAGGAGGGAUGCCCGCAAGUUCAAUACGAUUUAGGGAAGAAGCUGCUGGAGAAUGCAAUUGAACCAAACGUGGCCAAUGAGAGCCAGAAGGCCGUCCACUGGCUGGUCAGUGCUGCCCAGCAGGGCCAUGAGGAAGCUGUUCGUCUGCUCCGAAAGUGCUACAAUGAUGGCAAUGGCAUCACGGCCGAGAACGCGGAUGAGGUGCGUCGCUGUCUGGCAAUGACGCCGGGCGAGCGUGCAGCCCGUAAAGCGGCUCGUGAGCUCUUUGCCUGUUUGUCCAAUGGCAAUGAGCACAUAACUCCCAAGCAGCUGGAACGCAAAAUGCGACGCAUUUACAAUUUGCAGCGCAAGCGACGACGUCGUGGAGCUGGUGUCGAUGAUGCCUCCUCCUCCAAUACGGACGACGACGGCAGCGAAUGGGAGCGUGAGCCUUUGGAGGAUGCAGUCACCGUUGGACGUGCGAAUGUGGAGAGACGUCGCUUCAUCACCGAGGCGAAUCUCGUGUCAGCUGCAUCCAACUAUAGCGCCGGUCGCAUGCCCAGUGUGAACGAGACGCUGACACUGUCAGUGCCGCAUCCACAGAGCUUGGAUCACGUGCCAUGUUUCUAUCGCAUGAUCUUCCAUCCUCUGGUAUUCUUCACGCUGCUUUACCACCGCUUCAUCAAUCUGGUUAUCGCCAUGCCUGCCAUGCUGCCCAUCAGUGUGCGCUGCAGUCUGCUGGUGUUGGUGGCAUGGUGGAGCACAGUUGAGGAUACGGAGCGUCAAUUGCUGCCCAUGAUUAGCUACUAUCUGAGUCUGGGCGUCAUGCUGUGGUCCACUUGCAGAAUGCUGAAGACCAAGCAGCAAUUUGUGGACUUUCGCAUUUGGUCGGGAUUGUUCCUCAGCUACGGCGAUCACAACAUCGAGGCAGAGAUCUCCGAGCAGCGGUUCUUGCGCAACAAUAUGAAACCAUAUCUGUAUUACUUUUGUGCCUUCAUCUGCAACCUAAUUGUGUAUCCGUUGGUAACAGAUGCCUGGCUGCCACACUCGGAGUUAACCAUCAUCUCCGGCGCCUCCACAUUCAUCACGUUGGGCGUCUUUAUGUACGCCUCCUCGCAUCUGCUGCCCGACUGGCUGGUUAUUGUUUCCUUUGCGGUCAAUGUUCUCGCCAAGUAUCCAUAUGAGCUGGACGAAGUUGUCUCCACGCAUUGGCGUUUCCUGGAUCUCCGUGUGCCCACCUUUUCAUCCUUUGUCAUUGGCAACGGGAUUGAAUUCUGCUUGAACUGCCGCACUGCUCUAUACCUCCUGAUACCCAUCCUCCUCGUGCUCUUGGCCAAGCGCUCCGGCUGGCAUGGCGUCUACACCUAUUUGAUUCCGCAUUGCGUCACCCUCAGCUGGCUGCAGGUCUGCAUCGUCACCUCGCAGAGUGCGACUGUGUUCGGAGCGAUGCGUGCUGCCUUGGGAUUAGCUGGUGUUGUGCUGUUCCUGCCACUCUUUGGUAUUGUGGCACUGCUGGUGCCCGUCUUCGUUGCCAUCGACAGCCUUGGAUUGACCAGUGAGCAUCUUCGCUGGGGCACCACAGCCAUCGCCUGUUCCCUGGUGGUGCUGCUCUCCUGUGUCUUGGCCCUUAACCGUGCCACACAAAAGUACAUCACCAUGUUGCAGCUGCUCGUCGGUCUCACCACAGCCUGUGUGCUGGUCUUCCCCUACAUGACGUCCAGUUUCAAGGAUACGCCUCGGUUCAACGCCAUGCCCACUGUCUUGUCAAAUCCAAGUGUUGGCCGGCACUCCCUUCCAGAUGCCCUGCAAUGGGAACGCUUUUACGAGCUUUGCGCACAGCCUGUCCAGGAGCAGCCGAACAAAAUAAAGGCCCAGUUGCGGUGCUCCCAUCUCAAUGGCAUGUACGUGGCUUGGGAGGGGAAAGUGACACACGUGCAAAUUGCUCGUGUCUCGAAUAUGCUGGAGGAUAUGGUGGCCAACUAUCUGCCCACAUGGCUGGGCAAGCUGCUGCGCUGUGUGCACGGCGAGAACAUUGCCAAGCAUUUUCAAUGUGACCCCCAGAAGGAUGCUCAGUGCGUUGAGUGGCAGCGGGUAAUUAAAGCUCUCAGUGCACAAACUGGACACUGCACGCUACAACGCUGGAAUCGCUAUGAAUACGAGCUAAUCGUUCAGGUGGCAGCCAGUCAGUCAGGCAGUCUCCUGAGUCGCUCCACAUCCAUGGGAGUUGUCCUUCGAGCUCAUCACGAUUUUGGCAACUUUACCCAACGUCUGCAUCGAGGGGACCGAGUGAUGUUCUAUGGAACACUCCACAACUCCCGAUUGCUGGCAAACAAUGUACAAGAGCAUUACGUGCUUGGGUCCAGCGGACCGCCGCAGGUGGAGCUUAAGACAAUUGAGUGCUUGGAUUGCCAAUCGUCGGAUUUGCGGACAGCGAGCAUCCAGAGAGCGGUGCUCACCUCACCGGUGGAUGCACGCAUGCAGGACCUGAUGCGGGGCAUUAAGUAUUUAUUAAAUGCAUUGCUGAGCCCAUUGAUAACGUUCAAAUAGAUAACCACAAAUGACAUUAGAAUUAGUUAUUGAGAUUGAUGAAUACAAAUAAUGUUUAUUGUUAAA